AUGUCGACCAUCGACAGAUACCGGCCCCAGCGAGAGGGCUACCAGCCGCCCAGAGAAGCAUAUCAGCCUCCAAAGGAAGCCUACCAGCCCCCCCGAGAAACAUACCAGCUCCCGUCUCUACCGCCAAAGCCCCCGCCGACUAUCGCGGACCGGCAAUCCAAGUCCCCGUCCAGGCGACGCGACGUGCCGCCUGCCGUGCCCUCUCCGCCGACUCACACUUCCCGGACAUCGCCGCCGCGGCCACAGUCGCGCAGAAGCAUGCCGUCGCCAGCACAGCCAGUGCAGGCCAGUCCACAACGCGCAUCGCAGCCGCGGCCGAACCAGUGGUUUUUCACGGCCGAUGAGGUGGUGAGCACUCCGAGCAUCAUCGAUGGCCUGUCGCCUGCCGAGGAGAGGUUGCGCCGUGCUAAAGGCGUCAACUUCAUCUACCAAGCCGGCAUAUUGCUGGAGCUCCCGCAGGUUACACUGUGGGUGGCGGGUGUUUUCUUUCAUCGCUUUUUCAUGAGAUUUAGCAUGGUUGAAGAGAAGGGCGGAGUCCACCACUACGUAAAGAAGCCACCUUUUCCCCCGAAAUUCGAGGUUCUUUUUUUGGCUAACAAUGCCUCCUCACUCCAGAACAUUGCCGCGACAUCGCUCUUCCUGGCCAAUAAGACUGAAGAGAACUGCCGCAAGACCAAAGACCUGAUCAUCGCUGUGGUUAGAGUAGCGCAAAAGAACCCUCGACUUGAAGUCGAUGAGCAGAAUAAAGAAUAUUGGCGAUGGCGCGACAGUAUCCUUGCCUACGAAGAACUUAUGCUCGAGAUCCUUACUUUCGACUUGAUGAUCGAGAAUCCCUACAUCCGCAUGUGGGAGUUCUUCCGCGACCUUCAUCUGUUGGAGAACCGACCCUUGCGCGACGCAGCCUGGGCCUUCUGCAAUGACGCCUGCCUGACCGUUCUUCCCCUUCUCCUCCCGGCACGCGAGAUCGCCAUCGCCGCCCUUUUCUUUGCCUCAUCCGUCACCCACAUUCCCAUUGACGAUAUCGAUGGCCAGCCCUGGUGGCAGCACCUGCGUGCCAACGAGACGAACACCAUCCGCGCCGUACGUGUUCUUACCGAUUUUUACAAGGAGAACCCCUUGCGUAAGCAGGAUGCGAAGGUUCCCGGUUCCCCGAAGUUUGACCUGGAGAGCACCCGACGCCGUGGCGACCUCGCAAACCUCAGCGGCCUCAGCCAACUCGAUCUCGACUCAUCAGCCGCCGCUAGCAGCCGGAACGGCACUGUUACACCGAGCGACGGCCGCGCGGGGACACAAAGUCCUAGAAAGACAUCGGUUAAUGGCAGCAGGCCUGCUAUGGAGGGUGAUUCUGGCGCUAGCGCUGGCGGCAACAUUGAGAACGAGAAGCGUGGCGAAGAAGCGGCUGCUGCAGCAGUGAGUGCCGAAGCUGGCGAUUCAGACGCGGCUCUUAAGGCAGCAGCGAAUGAUAUAUCGGUGCACCACAACGAUAGAAACAAUAAUGGCGGCUUGGUAUCACCCAGCAUCAAGAGGUCCGUCGAACAUGAUGUCACCGACGAGGCGAGAAAUGUCAAGAAGCAAAAGGUCGAAGAAGGCAUGUCAGAUGACGAGGAUGAGGGGGAAAUUAAGGGUUCUUAA